AGACUAGAAGCAGCACAGAAGACACAAAGAGGUUCUUCAUCAUCUCCUUCAUAGUACAGAUUUUGAGUACCCCAGCAAAACACAAGUUAUGAAGAGUUGUCUGAUUUUACUCCUGUUUAUAACAGGGGAAAACCUGGAGUGAUGCUCAGGCUUACUGCAGAGCCACACACACUGACCUGGCUAUCUUCGACAGUAAUGACAACAUGAUCCGACUUCAGAAUGAAGCACAGACACAAACAUUCAGUUCUGAUGCUUGGAUUGGGCUGUACAAUGACAUCAACAGCUGGCGCUGGUCCAUGGGAAAUGAACCAGUGGGAAAUAUGAGAUGGAAACCAGGUGAUCCCAACAACAAGGGUGGAAAUCAGGUGUGUGGUGCAAUGUCUCCCUUCGGAUGGUGGGAUCUGGACUGUAAAUCCCUAUAUCCCUCUGUCUGUUUUGAUGACAGUAAAACUGGAAAUCAGCAGUACAUUUACAUUUCUACUACUAUGGCAUGGCGUGACGCUCAGGCUUACUGUAGACUGCAUCACACAGACUUGGCCAGCUCCAGAGAUGCAACUGAAGACUCAGUUAUUAUGGGACUGACUUCUGGCAACACUUGGUUUGGUCUGUUCAGAGACUUCUGGAAGUGGACAGACAAAACCAAUUUCUCUACCAUCAGCUGGAUGACUGGAAAACCUGAUAAUGCCCUGUGGCAAGAAAACUGUGGUUAUUUAAGUAACGGUCAGGCUGCUGAUGCACUGUGUUCAGACAUAAUGCCUUUCUUCUGUUACUCAGUAAUCAGUGGACAACAACAAAUAGUAAGAGUGAAGGUUCAAUCCAAUGAGGAUGUGAAUGAUCCUGGAGUGAAGGAAGCCAUCUUGGAGCAGAUCAACCAGAAGCUGAAGGAUCGUUUGAACACAGAGAACAUCACAGUGAAAUGGCGCAAACAACCAGAUGGAUUUGUGUUUCACAAGGAGAAAGAAGAAAAAAAUACUACAGUAGUAAAUGAAAAGUGUGACCUCUAAAUCUGUUACUUUAAAUUUAAUUUUAAGUUAUAUUUAGAUUCAUGCAUAUUAGCAUAAUAAGUAUAUGAUGUUAAAUCUCUUCACAUAACUAGAAGUCAAUAAGGAAUGUAUAUUAAUACCUGCUUUUAGAUUCUAUUAUAAUGAAAAAAUGUGGAAACUUCUCAUAACACAUCUGCUUUACAUUUAACUGUCUCCUGAUAACAUCAGUUGUAAUUACUGUACCUCUGUACACUAUAAUAAGGGAUGUGAGCUUUAGAGGAUGCAGAGAUUCAAAGCUAGUUGAUAUUAAAUACUGACAAAAAGGCAGCAAGUCUUUUGAAAACAACCUGGCUGUGAGUAGUUAUUUUCACAUAUGUAUAUUAUUUUGUCAUUAUUUUAUUGUCACAGUGCAUUUAGAGCCAGAACACCAGAGGGAGCUAUCACCCGAGUAUUAAUUGCUACGAACUCAUUUCCGGUUCUCUAGGGCUUUAAAGCAGCGUGCUCCCUCCGUUCCAUGCAAAGUAUCGUUCCAAGCCAUGUUAUAUUUGCUGACUAGAUUGCUAUGUGUAUGAACCUUGCCUGUUCCAUAGUAGACUACGAGUUUCGCUUUUGUGUUUCUGUUUCUGUUUCUAGUAUUUG